GGUUUCUGUUGAAUUCUUGUCUUUUGUUUUUGGUAAUGGUUAUAUGUUUUGAUGAUGGGUUGGUGUCAGAAUUUGUUGCCACUUUGAUCCGAUGCAUCUGUGGUUGUUAAGUAUGGUUUGCCAAAUUUGGUGCUCUUAUGGUUUGACUGUUACAGUUAAAUGAUGAUUUGCUGCUUGUAUUUAUUGUCUGAAUUUUAUAUUUAUGGAGUUGCAUCGAGAACAAUUUUGGAGAUCUGGUCUCAGUUCUUAAAAUUUCAAACAUUUUUCCUGCUUGCUUGCUUUAAAAAAAAUAAAAAAAAUUGUUAUCAGUUUCUACUGGUUCAUAAGCUUCAAAUGUAGGACAUAUACAGAUGCUAGUUAGUGAAUUUUGAGUGAGAGUUUUUAAUUGUCUGGCAAAAAAACUAAAAAAGGUGAAAACUUUGACUGCAAACUGCAAAGAAUCUAUGGUGCAAUAGUAAAUAGAAUGUUAAGCUUCAAUUUGGAAAAUUUAUUGAAAACGCUAUAUUUAUAACCAAUUUUCUUUGGCACGGUACUAGUGUGGAUUACUCAGUAUCAAUAGAAUAUCCGAAAAUGGUGUUUUCUGCUGUAGAACCUGGCAUUCAUGAGUGAUAUUAGUAAUUUCUUGAAGUGUUUGCUAGUAAACUGCAAUGUAGAAACUUAUAGGUUCCUCCAGCUAUUAUUUUCAAGAAUUUUCCUCCAGCUGUUAUUUUCAAGAAUCCAUGCCCUUAGGUUACUGGAUAAUGUUACACAACUUUACCAACAUGUCCUCAAGACAAAUCAAAAUCUCGAAGUGGUUCAGAUCCUAAGAAGGAACCAUCUAUUCCAAAAGAUGGACCAACAGCACAUAUUGCUGCACAAACAUUUACAUUUCGGGAACUUGCAGUAGCAACAAAGAACUUUAGGCCAGAAAGUUUACUGGGUGAAGGAGGUUUUGGACAUGUUUAUAAAGGUCGGUUGGAGAGCACUGGACAGGUAGUUGCUGUGAAACAGCUUGACAGAAAUGGUCUUCAAGGAAAUCGAGAGUUUUUAGUGGAGGUUCUCAUGCUUAGCCUCUUACACCACCCAAACCUUGUCAACUUGAUCGGUUAUUGUGCUGAUGGAGACCAACGCCUCCUUGUUUAUGAGUUUAUGCCAUUGGGGUCCUUGGAGGAUCAUUUACAUGAUCUUCCACCGGACAAGGAGCCCCUGGACUGGAAUACAAGGAUGAAGAUUGCAGCAGGUGCAGCUAAGGGGUUGGAAUAUUUGCAUGAUAAAGCAAAUCCUCCUGUCAUAUACAGAGACUUGAAAUCAUCCAACAUCCUUCUUGAUGAGGGAUUUCACCCUAAGCUAUCGGAUUUUGGACUUGCGAAACUAGGUCCUGUUGGUGAUAAGACUCAUGUGUCCACACGUGUCAUGGGGACAUAUGGGUAUUGUGCUCCAGAAUAUGCUAUGACAGGUCAACUCACUCUAAAGUCUGAUGUCUAUAGUUUUGGAGUUGUCUUUCUUGAACUUAUAACAGGGCGCAAGGCAAUUGAUAAUACACGAGCUCCUGGAGAGCAUAAUCUUGUUGCUUGGGCACGACCACUUUUCAAGGAUCGUAGAAAAUUUCCCAAAAUGGCUGAUCCACUACUGAAAGGUCGUUAUCCGAUGCGAGGACUCUACCAAGCUCUUGCAGUUGCAGCCAUGUGUUUGCAGGAACAAGCUGCUACUAGGCCUCUAAUAGGGGAUGUUGUCACUGCUCUCACAUAUUUAGCCUCCCAAACAUAUGACCCAAUUGCAGCUGCUGCAGCAAAUAACAGAGUUGGUCCAUCUACUCCUAGGAGCAGGGAUGAAAGGAGGGGCAUGGCAGAUGGGUUGGAUAGCCCAGAUGAGCGUGGGCGGCUUGGUUCCCCUUCUACUCAUAAAAAUUCACCUGAUUUCAGAAAGAGAGAUGCAAGGGAAUCGAGUACUGGCACAGCAUUAGCCAGGAUUGAAACUGGUGGUGGUUCUGGGAGAAAAUUGGGUUUGGAUGAGUUAGAGCGACAUGAAUCUCAGAGAGAUAGCCCCGUAGGUACUGGGAGAGCAAGGGAAACACCAAGGAAUCGUGAUUUAGAUAGAGAACGUGCUGUGGCAGAGGCAAAAGUAUGGGGUGAGAAUUGGAGAGAGAAGAAGCGGGCAAACGCGAUGGGUAGCUUCGAUGGUACAUAUGAGUAAAUACAUUAAAGCUCCAAGUCAUUUUACAUGAGUCUUCUAGGGAGGAAAUGUUGCAUUGGGAGUAAUCAUAAAGAAAGAGAAUGUGCAAGAUGAAUCAUCCUUUAAUUUCUUGGAGUCCAUGUACACCCAGGAAAUAAAGGGGGUCUUGUAUCCAACCUUGACUGUUGCUUGUCUUAUAUCAUUCUUGUUGUUGAGUACAGAAACUGAACAAUGCGUAAUUAUGUGGUAAUGGAAGGAAUCACAGUUAGAUGGAACAGGGGAGAGGGUUGCUGUUGUGAUAUGGGGCAUUUAGAUGUAAUCCCUCAGCAUAAUGUUGUCUGCAACACAUGUUCAUCUAUGUAUCUAGGAAUUUCAGGAGUCUGUUACAGAGAGCCAUGAAGUCUAAUUUUUGCCCCCAUAUAAUAUUGUCUGUACGUGGGGAAACUUAGUGGGUUUGGUGUGGGUGUCAGUUACAUCUUGUACUUUCAUAGGUAUAUGGAUUUGAGUUAUGUUUUCGGCUUAUACAGAAAGGUUUGAUCA